GCAUCCAGACAAGUCUAAUAUAUUUGUCUAACUUGGAUCGGGUUUUGUUUUGUUACUUGGUGGUCUCUCUUCUGACUCUGUUGAUCAUCGGAGAUUGAUAUUCGCCAUGGACAGAGCACAGUUGAUAUUGUUGGGUUUACCGAUAUUCUUGUUUUGCUCGGAUCUCUUCAACCUAUUCACUCCUCCGCCUCCGAAACCUCCGCCUAACCGUCCUCAUCAGCCACAACCGCAUGUCCCUCACCAGCAGCCUCCGGCUGGGUUCACACCCGAAACCCUAGAUUUCCCUUCUCAGAAACAAAGUGGAUUAGGAGCAGUUGGUUAUGGAAACACCGUUGAGAUCAACUUCUGCGUCUCCUGUUCUUUCAAGGGAACUGCAGUGACCAUGAAGAAGAUGUUAGAGACGGAGUUUCCGGGUUUGGAUGUGAUUCUCGCGAACUACCCAGCACCAGCACCAAAGCGCCUUCUAGCUAAGGUUGUUCCGGUUGUUCAGAUGGGGGUUAUCGGUAUGAUAGUUGCAGGUGAUCGUGUUUUCCCCAUGAUUGGAAUUGCGCAGCCACCUGCUUGGUUCAACUCCUUGAGGGCCAAUAGAUUUGGAUCCAUGGCUUCCACUUGGCUUGUCGGAAACUUUCUGCAGUCUUACCUUCAAAGCUCAGGGGCCUUUGAAGUUCUCUGCAACGGGGAACUGGUGUUUUCUAAAUUGAAAGAAGGUAGGUUCCCGGGAGAGAUCGAGCUGAGAGAUCUCAUCAGUAAGAAGUUGACAAGACCGAGCAUCGUCUCAGGUAGCUACUGAGGUAGUAUCAUCAUCAGAAGAAAGAAGAUGUCGAUAAUGAAAGGUGUACCCUUUCCACAAGUAGUGUUUCGAUCUCAUGUGCCCAAAAAGCUGCUGAUGUAGCAAUCAAUACCUUGUUCCUUUGGUUUUAACUAGCAUGUACUCUUUCAUUCAAUCAUUUUGGUUACAUCA